AACUAUUGAACUUUCACAUGGAAGGAGCUUCUGCUUGGACGUGGUUUGUUUCACAGGUUGCUUUCUCCUGCGUGUCCAUGCACCUUUAUCAACUAAAGACACGAGUUUCUUAUUCACAGGCUUUUCCAUCAUUUGGUAGACAUGGCAUCGAUAAAAGAAAGAGCCGCGGCGUUAAACCUUGCAGAAAAACUGUGUGUGCCUCCUCAGGCUCAUGGAGUGGCCAGUAAACCAGUCCAGUCUCACUCUGUGUGGAGUGGCCUCAUCUCCCACCUCAGGUCUUCUGUGACAGUGAAACGUCGACGAGUCCACCUUAAGUCUCACAACGACUGUUUCCUUGGCUCAGAGGCUGUUGAUGUGGUGGCAGAACACAUCAGUUGUGUCAAAGUCUUUGAGGGUGCCAAUGUGUUACGGGACAAAGUGGUGUGUGUGUGCCAGGCUCUGUUGGACUGUAAUGUGUUUGAGGCCGUGGGUACCAACGUGUUUGGCAAAGACAAGAAGCAGGAUGUGUUUCAGGACAGCAAGAGUGCUCUUUACAGGUUUGUAGGUGUGUGUUCUCCUUCGGUCGAUGAGUUGGAAAGAAGUUUGCUUGCAAAAGGGAUCCAAAGACUCUUCUGCAGUUCUCCUUCAGACAGGCAUGAAAAGAUGGCAUGUCCCACUGGCGUACAUGUUCAGAUGCUCACCCCUGUCAAAUGUACUCAGGCCUCCAUAAAAGCCAACCUACUGGACACUCCUGCAACUGCCAGCCUGUCACUGGAGCCUCUGGUGGACAGUCCGAGUCCCAGCAGAGUGCAGACUGACACUGUUUUACCACAAUCAUUGGUAAACGAGGUAUGGCAGGAGCAGACUCUGCUCAGGCUGUUACACCUGGUGGAGCUCCCCCUGCUGGAAGGGGUGCUUCAAUGCAGCCAGACCCCAUCCCCUUCUCCAAUUAACGUGCUGGCUCACAGUAACCCAGACCUACAGAUCUACAGCAGCCACCACCUGGACAGGCAGAUCAUCAGGGCCUUUAGGGAAUCUCAGGAGGAUGAGUGGAUCUGUGCAGCACUGGACUGUCUGGACUUCCUCCCUGAUCAGCCAGUGGUGGAGCUGAGCAGGGAGCUGCCACACUGUUUCCCGCAAGAUCAGGACAGCUGUGAACAAGUGCAAGCUGGUAGCAGUUCACAAGAUCUAGUGAAGUCCCUGAGGUCUAUGUCCACCCCAGUUAACGACAGUGAAGAGCAGCCUACUCUUUCCCAGAGGGGUUUGACCCAAUGUAAGCUGAUGCUGUACGGGACCCUGGUGAAACAUUACAGCCACGCAGACAGACCUCCACUGCUGCCCCAGCACAUGACUGACAUCUACACAGCCAUCACUGACCUGCUGGUGAAUGCUAAAUUGGGCAUAGCUCUUGAAGCCCUGCAGUUGUGUCUGAAGUUGUUGCCUACUGACUGCAGAGAUGAGCUGUGCAAGCUGCUUACAUUCAUGGCUCUUGCAGCUGACCCGCAAGGGAUACAACUGGACAAGGAGAUGGAGAACAGAAAGGCAGUGAAGAGGUCUUUCUCGAGGGCAAUACUCUACAGCAGGGCUCUUUCAAAAGAGAAAGAGGACCUGAUAGUGGGCUUCAUACUCAGCAACAUAAAGGACAUUUUUAAGAUACCAGGGGCUCUGCACAAACGAGUGAGUGACAAGCUGGCUACUCUCGUACAAGGAAAGCAACCCGAUGUGACUGACUUCACAUUUUGUCAGCGUGUCUCCAGCAGGACUUGCGCUGACUCUACAAAGAAGACCACCAACGAGGAACUGUGGAUUAUGCUAAACGGCAUCCACCUGGAUACCAAAAGAUCUGCCAAGGAGAAAAAGCGCCUACUUGGACGUUUUUAUCAAGCCCACCCAGAGAUAUUUACCCAGUACUUUGGUGAUGCUGUUAAUGUGCUGUAGUUUUGUGAAGACUAUGACACAAUCUAUAUCAAUCUGUCUUUUACGGUCAGUUUCAACAGUAGCUACUUUUUGCCUUUUACAUUUGUGUUAAAUUGUUGGUCUUUCAGACACAAGCUAACAAACUUAAUACAUAUGUGGCACUGAC